AUGGGAGAUCUUUGUAAACUUACCAACAAAGAAAGAAUUGGAAGCAAAAAUUUUGGUAAAAAUUUGGCGAAACAACAAAAUAGUAAUACCAACACUUCUCCUGAAUCCAAGAUAAUACUUAGCACAAAUUCAACAUUCAUUCAAGAUAUUAGAUUUGAUCACCAUAGCAAACCUCUCUGGAUACAACAAGUAAAAAGACAAGACUAUGCAGAUUACGAGAUAGGCAUCGAUACAUUAAUAAAUAUAAAGUUCCUUAAUGUAGCUCUAAAAUCAAUAACGCCAACUAUUGAACAAAAUCUCGAACCGGUCUUAACUGAAUUUAUUUUAACAAAAGCUCUAGUAAAAAGAUUCUCAGCAUCACUUAAUACUCAAACAUUACCACUAACCUCAAAUAAUACUAUAAAGUUACUAAUACGAACAGCUAAAAUGAAUAACUGGUUACAACAAAGAAGGAUACGAAAUUGGCUCCAACUAGAAAUAGAAUAG